AAAUAAUUGGUAUAAUUGGAAUAUGGCGUAAAAACGAAAAGCUAAGGACACAGUUAUACAGUAAACAUUGUUGAAAAUUCAUCGAUACUUCAAAAUGGUAAACAAAAUAUGUCGAAUUUGUCUUGACAAAACUGCUACUGAAUCUCUAUUUGAUACAAUUGAUACACAAAAUGCAGAUGAUCAAUACAGCACCAAUAUGGCGCUGCAGAUGAUGCGGUGUGUUAACGUGGACGUGACAGAGGGCGAUGGUCUGCCAGAUAGAAUAUGCGUGCGGUGUGCUGCAGAACUAGCCACAACUUACGAGUUCGUCCGCAAGUGCGAGAUUUCCGAUAGAACCCUUCGUAGUGCCAACCUAUCAGACAUCAAGAUUGACGUAAAGGUAGAAUUUGAACCUGAAAUCAAGUCAGAACCGCAACAUAACACUGAACACGAUGACCAAGAUAGUUUUGACUUGUUUUUUACAGAGAAUACUGAGAUAUCCUGUGACAGUUAUGACGAUAGCAAAAUCAGAAAAGAUGGAAAGGUCAAAAUUGAUAGACGUAAAUUAAGGCAUAAAUCAGGACCAAUUAGAUGUGGCAUAUGUGGCAUCAAGGCUUUGUGCCGCUCUGCCAUGGACAGCCACAUGAGAACACACACUGGAGAGAAGCCCUUUGCCUGUGACUCAUGCUCUUCUAUGUUCAGCAGUAAAGGUUCUCUCAAGAGACAUAUAACCACACACCACACUAAAAGAGAACGCACAUUUAUUUGUGAAACAUGUGGCAACAGCUUCUUUACUAAAUAUGCCAUUAUCACACAUUUGAGAGUUCACACAGAUGAAAGGCCUUACACUUGUCCUUACUGCAGCAAAGCAUUUAGACAGAUAGCUUCUAUGAUACGCCACAAACGAAUGCACACAGGGGAGAAACCAUUUGCAUGUACUAUUUGCUUGAAAAAAUUCACAGACAAAAGUCAUUUACGCCGACACAUGUAUGUGCACAGUAAUGAAAAGAAAUUCACUUGUCAACUGUGCAAUAAGUCUGUUAAAACUAAAAAUGCCCUGAACACUCACAUGCAGACACAUACCAAUGAGAAGCAUAAUAUAUGUAGCUACUGUGGGAUGACAUUCUCACUGAAGGGUAACUUGCUGGUUCACAUAAGAAGAAUGCAUUCUGAGAAGUCUGGGGAUUGUAGUAUUUGUUCAAAAACAUUUCCUGACUUGGAAGCCCACAUGCGUAAGCAUACUGGAGAGAAGCCUUUCAUGUGUAAACUUUGUGAUCAGUGCUUUGCAAGUAAAAGAAGUCUGUCCAAUCACAUGGGCUUCAAACAUGAAAAUGCUUCGAAGUUCAAGUGCUCUAUAGGAGAGUGCAGCAAGACAUUCCCCACUGCUAUGAUGCUGGAGUUCCACCUUCUGAAGCAGCACACUAACCACACCCCAUAUGUGUGUCAUCAUUGUUCCAGAGGGUUCUUCAGAACCAGUGAUUUGUCUCGACAUCUGAAAGUCAGUCACAUGGAUGUGGCCACAAUGGAACCUAGAAUAUCCAAGCGAGUGCUACCCAGCAUUAUUGGAAAUGAGUAAUGUAAGGUUGGGUCUCAUAAAUGGACAUGGGGUAGUGCAAGAAUUCUUAUAAGAUAAGUGGUUUAUGUAAAUUAAGUUGGAAUAAUUUUAAUGCAUUGAAAAAUGUAUUAGAAAAUAUUUGAUUCUUAUUAUAUUUUUGAACUUUUUACGAAAAUGAGGCCCAUACCUUAUUAUUUUAGCCUAUGCCUAAUAAUUUUUUUACAUUCCAUAAAGCACAAUAAAAAGUCUUAAAACUACAUUACCUAUUUAAGUGUGUGUCAAUGUAAAAUAUCAUUGCCCGAUUUUAACUUCACUAACUUAAAACCAUUAAUAUAAAAUGUCUCUGUGGCAGAAUUUAUAUCUACUAAUGUCUACUCGCCCGUAAGUUUCAUACUUACGCGAUAAUCCAUGGAUCUCUCACUACGCUCUAGAAUGCCUAAAUUUCGAACUUUACAUUAAAGUAACGGUAUUUAGGUAAAAAGAUAAGAAUGUACACUAAUUAUUGUUAAUUUUAGCUUUUAAGUUAAGGUUAAGAAAAUUUUUACUAGUCGUUAUCAUGUAAGGCAAAUAAAUGUGAUUGUAUUAUA